GAGAAUCAUGUCUAGUAGCAAAGCUGAAGAACCUGUAAAUGAGCAAGCAGUUGCAAAUAAGUUUGCUGCUAUGAGGUCCGAACUCAACCAAAUUUACUCUAAAAUCAUUGAGCUAGAGAUGGAUGUGAGUGAGCAUUCAUUGGUGAUCAAUGCAAUCCAGCCACUUGACCCAUCCCGACGGUGCUUCAGGAUGAUUGGAGGGUUGGUGGAGAGAACCAUCAAGGAGGUCAUGCCUACUGUGCAACGUAUCAAAGAAGGGAUCGAGAACUUGAAUGAGGCUUUGGAAAGGAAGAAGGAGAUUACUGAGUUUGAGACUAAGUACAAGAUUCGGAUAAAAAAAGAUCGUGAGGAUAAGGAUGACAGUGCUCGCAAAGAAGGAACUGCUCAAGGAGUCCUGGUUGGUCCUGCCGGCGGAAGCGAGUGAAUGAUAAGGUUCUUCCACCACCAAUCUUGUAUUCUUAAACUUGCUAACUGAAGUGUGCUAGAUUUUGGGGUUUUUGGUCCAUCAGAUUAGUAGAAUAGU